GCUUCUGACGUAUGACGCUGGACGUCACGUCGUCUCCGCCUCUCUGCGUGCCGUCAGUUUAGAUGUUUGGCGCGAGCAGACUGCUGUCUCGCACCGGGCGCAAACACAGAACGGGCUUCCUGAGUGUAACCGCACAAUAUUCGGGUGCUGAACCAGCAUGUUAAACGGUGGCCAGUUUGUGGAGGCCUUGGGCCGUCUAGGUUACCCCGGUGCAUCAUCACUGAAGCCCUCAGACUUUGACUGGCUCUUUGACUGCGCCCCGGAGAACCUUCACUUCCUGCGGUUUGUCUGUCGGACCCUCAACCAGAGCAACGUUCUCACCAAGGAGGAGGCGCUCGCUUUUCAGGAGCUACGGAAGUCCGGCAAACCGUGUCUGGAUGAAGCGGCCCUGGGCGAGGUCCUUAAAACCAUCGGACCUUCAGAUGGGAGCAGUGCAAACCUCCUGGGGCCCUCUUCUUCAUCGUCCUCUGUGUUUGCAGCCGAGGGGGAUGUGACCGUAGAGGACUUGGAGGCAGAGCUCCAGGCACUGCGCAAAGAAAAAGACCUCAAGCAACGGCGCUAUAACAGGUUGCAAGUUGUGGCCACCUCCCGCGCAGACGUUGACCUGCGGCUUACUGCAGAGUUGGAGAACGCUGCGUGUAAGCUAAAAGAUGCCAGUGCUUCCAUUGGAGCUGAGAACGCUGACACCAACGCUCUAUUAGAAAAUCUAACGGAUGAGGUGGGAAAGCUUGCUUCCUAUCUCCCAGUUCCCUCAGAGGCUACGCAAAAAGGAAAAGGAGACCUUGUGACCUCAAUAAGCUCUUCCAUAUCCAAAAGCCCCCCUGUCCUCCUCUCUCAGCUGCCCUUGGACCCCUACCUGCACCAGGAGGAGCUCAACACUAAAACACUAGCUGUCUUCACACAGAAGCAUUUCUUCCAGGGCAUCUCUGACAUUGUUGAGACUUCUUGCUCCGAGCGCUUCCAGCUCCUUGACCUCAGUUCUUGCGACGAUGAAGAGGAUGUAGAGAAUGCGCACAAAAGGAGGGGAACAGAGGAGCAAAUAGUGGACAGCAGGAGGACAGAGAUGGCCAGACUCCAGUGGUCACACAUUGUGGCCCAGCACCAACUGAUGCAGGUAUUGGCAGAGGAGAAGAGUGUCUUGGCUGGACUGGAUUGGCUCUCUGAGAAGUCCUCUCACACCAAGAGCAUCUCUACGUCCUCCUCACUGCAUGUCCGUGAGGUUGUAUCCAGGAAGGAGCUGCAGGCGGUGGAGGCUGAGCUGGAGGCUCUGCUACAUGGAGCGGUACCUGCUGCCCUCAGAGAGUCGGCCAGGUUGCUUAAUGUACCUAUAGUGAGGGGAGACCUGGAUCUGCAGCAAACCAGGCAGGACUACUACACCUCCAGACAGAAUCAGGUUCGAGACUACCUACUCCGCCAAAAGGCGUCUUUUGACCUGCUGCGUCUGGGUCAAGAGAUGGAGUUAAGAAGGUGGAGGCUGUGUGUAAAACAAUUGGGAGAAUUAGAUGGCAGACUCGUAAAGGAAAGUGAAGCAUCAAACCUGCGAAUGGAGUCCCUGUCCCACCCUGACCUGGCUAUCAACGCCCGACCCAACCCCAUCAUCAGCUGCAGGGAUGCAGCCUUCAGCAGGCUGCUGCAGAUCCUGGACCACGACUCAAACCACGCUCGAUCAGAGCCUUUCCGGACAUAUGAAGCAUUGGACCACGCUGCCCGGGACCUCGCAGGCAGCCUCCAGGUGACCCGAGAUGCUGUAGCUGGCGCUGGCUGUGAGCAGCACUACACCGCCACUCGUCUCCAUGGCGACUGUGAGGCGCUCCACAGGGCAAUGUACACCGAGCUCCAGCAGCUGAUCUUGGGGCCGCAGGUAUGUCCAACGGCCAUCACUGACCAGGAGCUGCUUUGCCCCAAUGCACAGGAGCUGACGGUGAAGCUUCUGCAAACAGAGUCUCAACUGCAGAGUUUGCAGCAGUUAAUGCAAGAAAUCCUGGUGGAGCUUAAAGCCAAGCGCUCUCAGCUGGAGCGCAACGCCCUCCUCAGGCGGGAGAGGGAGUUGUACAUCUAUUUCCACCUGGAUGCCCGGCUGCUUAAGAAAGUAGUGGAAGAUCUGGAGGGCAAAAUGACCGCAAAGAGAGGACAGCAGUAAAGCCUGCGAGAGGGAACGACAAGUGCUUAUUGCCUGCGAGAGGGAACGAGGAGUGCUUAUUGCCUGCUCGACUUCAACGUGCAGUUUCUGCGCUAAGGGAGUCGACCUGUGUUAUAAGUACAGUGUGCUUUCAGUGGAGGAGGUUCAUUAAGUAGGCCUUGACCAUGGACAGUUUGUACAAGCAUGGACUCACUCAAAAUCUGCACCUUCACUUGGCUUGUGCAGGAGACAAGAUCUCUCCGGCAUAUUUGUCAUCAUAUUUGGGACAAAACUAAACUUGAGAGAAAGUUUGGUUGUGUGUGAGAAGCGCUGGAUAUGAUGAUUGGGAUCAAUUUUCACAUGAACUAUUAUUUUAUUGUCUAGCUUAUGAUCUAAAAUACAUGUCUUUUUUUGCCAUCAGAUGAAUAAAGUGGUAUCUUUAUGCAGGUUGAA